UAGUUAGUUUGACAUGAAUCAUGGUACAUUCAGUAACCAGUUUUUCUACAUAGUUCUAAGUCCUUCCCAUAUACUUUUCUUCCUAAUCUUUAUUUAUUGUUGAAAUUAAAUCAAGUGGCAGACAGAAGCAAACAGCAGAAAGCACAGAUCCAUGAGAGCCAUGUUUCGACUUCUGCUGCUUUUGGGGUUUUUCAGCCUUGGUGUCUGUCUUCCUCGUCAGUAUCAGUUCAUUAAUGAGAAUAAGACCUGGUCUGAAGCACAGAGAUACUGCAGAGAGAAUUAUGUUGAUUUAGCCUCUAUUAAUAACACUGAAGAGAACUUGGCCCUUACAAACAUAAUAGACAUCUGGAACAGCAGGCGAACCUGGAUUGGACUGUAUGAUGAUCUGAACAGCUGGAAAUGGUCUCUGGAUGAUGAUUCUUUCUACAAGGAGGGAGAGAGAAGCUUUAGAAACUGGUUUAUACAGAAGCCAAGAAGCUGGUAUGGAAUGAGUUUGUGUGUGUAUUUAUCUACUUAUGAUGGAGCUUGGUGGGAUACAUAUUGUUCCACAAUGCUUUAUUUCAUUUGCUUUGAUGGCAGAGUGAAUGCCAGUGAAAGAUUUGUCCUGGUUUAUCAGAGCAUGGGCUGGACUGAAGCUCAGAGAUACUGCAGAGAACAUUACACAGACCUGGCCAGCGUGAGGAACGAGACUGAGAACCAAAAAAUUAGAUCAAUGUUUAAUAAUACAUAUUAUUCAGGUCUUUGGAUCGGCCUGUACAGAACCAUGUCUUGGUCAGAUAAAAGCAACUCUUCAUUCAGCAACUGGAAAUAUGGACAACCAGAUGGUUAUGGACAGACUAAAACCUGUACUGCGGUGUCAAUUAAUUAUAAUGAUUAUUAUUCCUAUUCUGAUUUUGGGAAAUGGACAGAUGAAAACUGUGGUGGUGCUUUUCCAUUCUUCUGUUACAGCACAAUGCUACCAUUACACCCUCAUCAGUAUCACUUUGUUAAUGAGAAUAAGACCUGGACUGAAGCACAGAGAUACUGCAGAGAGAAUUACACUGACCUGGCUACUGUUGAUAACAUGGAGGAAAUGAACACACUCCUUAACACAGUAAAUGGCAGCUACUCAGGUUUAGCCUGGAUUGGACUGUAUGGUGAUGAGGACAGUUGGAGAUGGUCUCUGGAUGAUGAUGCUUUCUACCAGGAGGGAGAGCGAGACUUCAGAGGAUGGGAACAUCAACCUGAUAACUAUAAUGGAAACGAGAUGUGUGUUUAUAUUACACCUGAUGGAACCUGGUCUGAUGGAAACUGUAACAGUUAUUUUCAAUUUGUUUGCUCUGAUGGUGAGAAUAUAUAAUAAGUUCAACUAGGAUUAAACUGUCAUUUUUUUGUUGAUGUGUUACUGAGUACAAUUAUCAUUUCAGGAUGGAAUGGAACAAAAAAUUUCACACUGAUUAAUCAGCGCAUGUUUUGGACACAGGCUCAGCAUUACUGCAGAGUGUAUUAUACAGACCUGGCCAGUGUGAAGAACCAAGCAGAUAAUGAACAAAUCCUUAAUCUCACAGGUGGCUCUAACACUUGGAUUGGUCUAUACAGAACCAGACUCUGGUCAGACAAACAGGAAUAUGUGUAUGAAAACUGGAGAUCAACAACUCAGUUUAUACCUGAACAGCCAGACAAUGGUUUAAAUGUUAUUUGGGAAUAUGGUUUUCAGCACUGCACUGCUGUAUCUCUCACAGAUUCAGGCUACUGGACAGAUGAGAGCUGCAUAACCACAAUCCCUUUUUUCUGCUAUAAGAAAUCCUGCACAGCAUCCUCAUGUUCCCUCUACCGGUAUCACUUUAUUAAUCAGAAUAAGACCUGGACUGAAGCUCAGAGAUUCUGCCGAGACAAAUACACUGACUUGGCCACCAUUAACAGUAUAGAAGAUGUGACAAGACUCCUUAAUACAGCCACAGCAUAUGACAUCUACUCAGGUUUAGCCUGGAUUGGACUGUAUGAUGAUCCAAAGAGCUGGAAAUGGUCUCUGGGUGAUGAUUCUUUCUACAGGAAUGGAGAGAGAAACUUUAGAAACUGGUAUAUAAACAAACCAUUGAACUGGUAUGGGAACAGUUUAUGUGUAUAUUUUUGGAGUCGCUCUACACAAUGGAGUGAAACCUCUUGUUCUCGUGAGCUUCCAUUAAUUUGUUUUGAUGGUAGAGUGAAUGCCAGUGAAAGCUAUGUUUUUGUUAAACAGUACAUGAACUGGACUGAAGCUCAGAGAUACUGCAGAGAACAUUACACAGAUCUGGCCAGCGUGAGGAAUGAGACAGAGAAUUACAGGAUCAGAUUAUUAUUAAGUCAAUCUGAUUAUAAUAAUUAUUAUUAUAAUAAUUAUUAUGCUUUUUGGAUCGGCCUGUACAGAACCAGGUCUUGGUCAGAUAAAAGCAACUCUUCUUUCAGCAACUGGAAACCUGGACAACCAGAUAAUUACAGACAGAAUGAAUCCUGUACUGCUGUGUCAUUUAAUGAUUCUGGGAAAUGGACAGAUGAAAUUUGCAGUAAAGGUUUUCCAUUCCUCUGUUACAGCACAAUGUCCUCUACAUCCUCUCGUCAGUAUCACUUUGUUAAUGAGAAUAAGACCUGGACUGAAGCACAGAGAUACUGCAGAGAGAAUUACACUGACCUGGCUACUAUUGAUAACAUGGAGGAAAUGAAUACACUCCUUAACACAGUAAAUGGCAGCUAUUCAGAUUUAGUCUGGAUUGGACUGUAUGAUGAUGUGGACAGCUGGAGAUGGUCUCUGGAUGAUGAUGCUUUCUACCAGGAAGGAGAGAGAGACUUCAGAGGAUGGCCCCAUCAACCUGAUAACUAUUUUGGAAACGAGAUGUGUGUUUCCAUGAACUACAAAGGGGAAUGGUUUGACAAGUCUUGUAAUGACAGAAAUCUAUUUGUUUGUUAUAAUGGAACAAACAUAUAUGUUCAGAUUUAUAACAGCAUGACCUGGGAAGAAGCUCAGAGAUACUGCAGAGAAAAUUACAUAGACCUGGCCAGUGUGAGGAACGAAAAUGAACUUCAGCAGAUACUGGGCAUCAUGUAUGGCUAUGAGAUAUGGAUAGGUCUGUAUAGGAACCGAUUAUGGUCAGAUCAGAGCAACUCAAACUUUACAUAUUGGAGACCAGCAUUUCCAGCACAAGGACCAGAACCUAAUAAUGGUUUGAAUGUAUUUGGUCAAUAUCGAAAUCAACACUGCACAGCUGUGGAUCAUUCAGGCCAAUGGACAGAUGAAAACUGUUUAGACCGCUUACCUUUCGUCUGCUACACUGAAUUUACUCUAGGUGCUGUUAUGGGAGUGCGACUGAAAACCAGAUCUAAUGACAAUCUCUUAUACUCUGAGGUUGCAGGAUCUGUGCUGAUGGCACUUCAAGAACGAGUUAGCAGACUGGGACUUUCAAAGAACUGCACUGUGACUGUGAGACGCAUCCGUAAGAUCGAUCCAUGAAUGAGAAAGUCCACAUUCAUGCUCAGAUUCAAAAUAUGUAUAUGUUCCAGAUUUUUCUUCAUGUAUUCAGAAAUCAUUCAAUCUGAAAGCAUUCAGGAAUGCUGUAGAGAUCUGUUCAUACAAAAAUACACAUAUCAUAAGCUACUCAUCUUAUAUCACAUAUAAGUAUGUUAUAAGUACUUUACAAUUCUUUUAAACACUCAAACAAUACUGUAACUAAUAUAUUUAUAGAUCCCAAAAGCUUCCCAAUGCCAUCAGGAUUUGACACAUUAUAAUAAUAAUGACUAUAAUUACAAUAUUCUAAUUAGUAAAUGAGUGUGAUUUACAUGUAAUCUUGUAUUUGGUGUUUUGGAAUUAAAUUUAUACUCAUAUAUUGUUUUUCCUCAAAUUAAUUUUAACUAAGAAAAUCUUGAUGUCUUAGAUUUUCUGAUUUGCUCCAAUCAUUUUGUUAACAGUUGCCUGUACUGUAUGUUUUAGGAACACUAUGGGACUAUUUAGUAUUUAGUAAUUCAAUACAUUUAUUACUGAGGUUUAUGGAUGCAUUUAUUAAAGUCUGACUAAAUAACAUGCUAAUAAACACUAAAUGAAG